CUGCUCGGGCGGAAGACCUGUUGCUGGAGUUGGGCUGAAACUUUCGCUCGGCUUCUCGGUGUGAAGGAAUGCGAGGCGCCGAGAGUAGCGCAGGGAGCACCGCCGGGCUGGAGCGGGCCGCAGAAAAUUAAAGAUGGCCGCCCAAGUACUUGAGCAAUCCAGUGGGACCGGCAUGUUUUCCCACUCCAAUAUUGGGAUUUCUUCCAAUGAGGAAAUAUGUGGCCUUAAUUACCUCUCCAAGAAUGACCUGACAGCAGCACCACAGCUAGUUAUGUUAGCAAAUGUUGCUUUAACUGGUGACAUAAGCUGUUACGAUUACCAUGGAGAGGAUAGACUGAUGGCAGAAUUGAAAACAGUCGAUGGCAAUUUAUCAGAUAAUGAGGAAGAAUUGAGAACUGAUAUAAAUGACACAUUGCAAUCAGAAAAUGUAAAUGCAGAAAAUCAAAGUGUGUCAAAUGUUGCAACAAAAGGUGGUUCUGAGACUUCCUCUCAAGACGUGAGCACAGAUUCAGCAGAAGUAGUGAAUCAGGAGAACUUGGCAGACAAAGGAAAGAAGUCUAAGCCAUUUCGUUGUCGACCUUGUGACUAUGAAGCAGAAUCUGAGAUGGAGUUUGUGCAUCACAUCAAAGUACAUAGUGCCAAAAAGUUCAUUGUUGAAGAAAAUGCAGAAAAGCAAAGCAAAUCCAAAGUUCCAGAUCCUCUUCCAGAAGAGGCAGAUAUUUCUAAAGGCCCCAUUCGCUGUGAUAGGUGUGGCUAUAACACAAACCGCUAUGAUCAUUAUUUGGCACAUCUAAAACAUCAUGACAAAGUUGGAGAAAAUGAGAAAGUUUAUAAAUGCACCAUCUGCACAUACACUACUGUCAGUGAAUAUCACUGGAAGAAGCACUUGCGGAACCACUUUCCCCGAAAGGUUUAUACUUGUUCACAGUGUUCUUACUUCUCUGACAGAAAGAACAAUUACGUGCAACAUAUGCGAACACACACAGGUGAACGGCCUUACAAAUGCCCACAGUGUCCUUACUCAAGUUCCCAGAAAACUCACCUGACCAGGCACAUGCGUACACAUUCAGGUGAGAAGCCUUUUAAAUGUGAUCAGUGCAACUAUGUGGCAUCAAACCAGCACGAGGUGACAAGACAUGCUAGACAAGUUCACAAUGGACCCAAACCAUUAACGUGCCCUCACUGUGAAUACAGAACAGCUGACCGCAGCAACUUCAAAAAACACGUUGAGCUGCAUGUGAAUCCACGCCAGUUUCUGUGCCCUGUCUGUAAAUAUGCAGCUUCCAAGAAAUGCAAUUUGCAGUAUCACAUAAAGUCCAAGCAUCCACAUUGCAGUGAUAUUACCAUGGAUGUGUCAAAGGUGAAGUUGCGUACCAAACGACUUGAACUGGAUGCUCCUCUUGCUAAAGUGGGCAAGAAAAUGUCAGACAAAUUACAACUGAAAAGAGUUGAGACUCUGGAUAAGAAGGCCACUGCCAAGGCAGAGAAAACUACAGCUGUAUCAAAGGAACACAGUUUGAGCACCAUCAGCUCAAAGGUGAAGACCCGAAAUCAUAAAGUUUUCAGCCACAAGCAUCUACCAAGAAAAAGGGAUACUGAUACAGAAAAAGCAAGGAAAAUCAAGAGCACGAAACGGAAGCGAUGCUUAACAGCAGAGGGAUCUUUGCAACAGGAACCUGUAGAUGAAACCCCUGUAGAAGCAAAAAGGAAAAAAAUAGGGAAGGCUAAAGAGCUGAUUGAACUUGAAGCAAAGAGAAGUAAAAUCAAAUUGGACAAGACCUCACACAGGAAAAAUCUUAAAUGCAAACGAGUUAAGAAGAAAAACAAAAAAUAUAGAAAAGCUGCUGAACAUUCUACUGGUGACAGUCCAGAUAAAUAUAAGAAAUCUGAUCAGCCUGAGCAGCAAUCAAUUGUGCCUAAAAAGAAAAAAGAUUGUUCCAGAAAUUCUUCAUGCAGUAACCUGACUAUUGAAGGUACACACAAAAUAGAGUCCCAGAAUUCUGAACCAUUCUGGGAUAAAACAAUGAAUAAAACUCCACUUGGUACUGUUAUUGAACAAAAUGAAAAUGCUUUGAAUGUGCAUUCUACAGAAAAUGCGAGCAGAAUUGUCCAGAAGAUUACAAAAGAGUCCCAAACUUCUUUUGACCAGUUAACUCCCCCUGAAUCAGAGGAACCAAUGUUGGCUGAGACAUUGGCUGUGGAGGAAACUGCCAUAGCUUCCACGGAACAUGCCGGGGCAUUCAUUUGCAGUUCUGGACAAGCAGAAGGUGCUGCUCACUCAUCCAAGACCUGCAGUGAUGUAAGUAACUCAGAGACAAAAGAAAUGAGUGCAGAAACUGACUUCAUUUCUGAUCAAGAAAGGUGUGUUCAGGUGAUCAGUAUUGAGCUUGCUUUUGAACUUUCCAACUCAAACAAUUCAAAUAAUGACCAAGAUGGCAUUGCAUACCAAGAUGAGGGCCACAAUGGCAUGGAUGAUCAGAUGAAAGUUGAAGAUGACACAAAUAAGCAGAUAGACGUCCAGGAUGGUCAGAGCAGGUUGCAGGAUGAUGUGAGCAAGGUUCCGGGUGCAUUGGAUGACCAGAAGAAAGACCAGGAUUGUGUACACAAGAUCCAGAAUGGCCAGUCAAACCAAGACCAGCUCCAGGAUGAUGGUGAUGAGGUCGAGAAAAACAAGCAAGAACAGAACAAGAAACAGAACAAGGAUGAGGUGAUGGAAAUAGAUGAAGAUGAAGGCAUUCAUAGCCAUGAAGGAAGUGAAACCAGUGAAGAUUCAGAAGGGAGUGAUGAUUCUGGUCUGAAUGGAGCAAAGCCCACCACUGAUGACAAGAUUAACAAAAGGACACCAGAAGAUGUGAAUGAUGUUCCAGGGAACUUUGUUUGCAUAUUCUGUGAUCGUAUAUUUGGCGUGAAAGGAGAGUUUACCAAGCACCUUAAUCGCCACUUGGUAAAUGUAUACUAUCUUGAGGAAGCAGCAAAAAGCCAGGAAUAAAUGCAGUCCCAAGGUUUGGCAAGUUUGCCCUAGAAUUUUAAUCAUAGCUAUUACAAAAUACUCAAAUCACUCUAAAGUGAUUUGGAUUUGUUUUUUUUAAACUUUCCUUCACUGAACUUUUUGUUGCUAACUGCAUGUAGUUUCUGCUUUUUCAAGUUUCUUGCUCAUAAUUCAGCGAUAGUACAAAAGCAUUCAUCUGCAGUAGCUAAAUGUGUUAAUUGUGCUUUGUACCAGUUAAUCAACCACUGAUUUUGAUUUUUCAUUGCACUAUUAGUACUCAAAUUGUAUCAUUUAAUCUGAUUCAGCUGUUCUGUUUUGUCCCUUUUGUAAAUACUUGGUAACACUGGACAUUGAGAUUUUUUUUCUGUUUUUACGUGAUCUGGGGUUUAAGCUGACCUACAAUAAUUACUGUAGCUGUCAUAAUUUGAAAACUUAAGCUAGUGGUUUACUGAAGAAAUCACACUGUUAAGUAUUUGAUUUGGGUAGUUCUUCUGGUAAAGUUAAAAUAAUGCCUUUUACCAACCAGUCUUGUACUUCAAGGGCAUUUGAUGCAUUUGUGUGCAAUUUGGAUUUGAAUCUUGAUGCACAGUGCAUGGAAUUAGUCCAUUUCAUAAAUUUGCAUUUCAGGCACUGUUUCAUUAAAAUUUAGCUAUUAUCUUUAUAAAUAAUUUACUUUUUUAAAAAUUGACAGCACGGUAUUUUCUGAUUUUUAUGUUAAACUAUCCUGCAUUUUAUUCAAAUCACAGGAGAGAGCACUUUGCAAGGUGAUACCAGAUCUCAUGUAACUAAUGCCGUGAUACUUAUUUAGGAGUCUGUAGCAAACAGUUCUUGGUAGCCUCACAAAAAAAUGAUCCAAUAUGGUGCUUAAACAGCUUAUAAAAUUGCACGAAAUAAGUAAUCAACUAUGCAAUAUAAUUAAUUAGUGAUAGUUUAUACGUAGAAAUGUUUUUCUGUAUCAUGUAUUUAUAUUUGUGUGUUUAACCAACAGUUUGGGACUUGACCAUUAACCAAACCACUGUGCAGCAAACUGAUUGGGAGUGCUGCCCGGCAAAUGCUAAAUUAUUUCCUAUUUGUAUUGGACAUUAGUACAGUUUUCAAAAGGUAAAUGUCAAGCAUCCCAAAUAAGUGGAGGUGUAAAAAUCCCUGCCUUGUAUCCUUUUCAGUUAGAGCUAUCACUUGGGUAUAGUCUUGCCAGCAUUCUGUGCAGAAUUUCCUGUGGGCAAUUGUAAAUUGACUUAUAAAUGGAUCUGAUUUGAUCCGGAUUUGAGCUAAUUUGUUUCUGACUAGUGCACCUGUAUAAUGGUGAGAACAUGUCGCAGUCUUAGUUCUGCGUGCAAAUGCUGUCCCCCAGACACAAGCAGAGCAUUGCAUAAACUUAUAAGACUUACUGGAAUGCAACACUGAAAGAUUUGAUCACCUCUGAUUGACUUAGAUAGAGAGUUGGUAUGGCCAAAGAAUAUAAAUAACUGUGAUUUCCAUUUGUGCUUUUUUUUCUCCUGAAUUAAUGUGUUGUGUUCAGUAUGUUUGGAGUAGCCACUUUGAUUGAAGAAUAUGGAAAAUAAUUUAAAUACUGAAUAGCAUUUUCUUUGCUUUGACAAUCAUGUUGAAAAAGUCAUGUAUAUCUGUGAUCAAAUUAAAACAUGUUUAUAUGGAUUUUUAACUGCAAUUUGCUUGUUUUAUGGUUUGCAGUACUCUUACACAAGUUUUGCAGUCAUUUUGUUAAAUUGUAGUAAACAAUUACAGUUAAAAAUCUGUAACAAUACAGCUUGAAUAAUGAAUGCUGUAAGAGGUCUGGAGAUUCUGCUCAUGCAAGUGUGAAAAAUGCUUGGACAUGUUAGAUCUAGAAUAUUUUAAUGCAUGGUUUAAUGUAAUCCUCUUGGUACUAAAAUGCUUAAUGGUUAUACCAGUUUCCCAGCAUUUCCUGUAAUAAGUAGUUAGCAUACAAUUCUAUAGCAAAACAUUGUUUAAAUUUGAUUUAAAAACUCAGACUUUGCUGAGUGGUAGAAGAUUUGUGUCCUACUUGUUAAGAUCUCGGCUACCUCCCCAAAGGACCUGGAUUAGUUAGCUUGUGAGUUCUGAUUUACUUUCUGUCUACCUUGAAGUUUCUUCUCUGCACAGUAAUAGUGUAGCAGGAGGAAUAAGGAUAAUUGCUAAUGCUGAAUUCAUUCGUAAACUUGGCUGCUUCUGUAGGGUUUGGUACUGAGAAUCUAUCUUAAUGAGACCAGCAACUAUGCUGCAGCUACCAGAAAGGUGCAGUCCUUUUACAACAUUUACAAGAUUGUCUGGGUGCAGCAAACAUUGGAAAAUCACUUGGGGUGAGGAGUGAGUGAAGUAACACUUCUGAUUUUCUGAUAUUUGUUGCAUCCAUAAGUAGAUCCCAAAUAAUCACUGAAUGUAGAUUUUACUUGUCAGCAGAAUACAAGAUUUAGGUGCCAGUGAAGGCCCUCUUGUAACAGUGGGAAGAUUUUUGUGAGCAAUAAAAUCUCAUCAAUAACAGACAUGAGCCUACCAAAACUAUAAUUUUAAUUUUCUGAUCAAAAUCUCAGUCUCCUAAUUUAUUAAGCAUUUUGCAUAUUAAUGUUCCUUCACAGAUUUCUUUAAAGCUUUAACCUGCAGUCACUAUACAGGCUUGGGGUUCAAACAACUUCGCAAAUUAAUGAACUUUUUUUUUAAAUUGCAUGUAUAAGAUUGACUUUGUACGUUUUUGAAUGUGAUGUUAAAAUGUCAAUUAUGACAUAUGGAUUCUGAAAACCUUAGGUAACUUGUAAUGUGCAAACAGGUUUAGUGGGUAGUGUGCCAUUGUUUGAGCCGUUAGAAACAUAGAAUUUUGCAGCACAUAUGGUGUAGCAUUCCAUCAUAUCACUGCUAGCUCUUUUGAUCUAAUUCAUUGCUAUUCCACAUAAUUUCCCCCAUAACCCUUCAAGUGAAGAUUCCAUUCCGUUUUGAAAAUUUCUCUUGAAUCUGCUUUCAGGCAGUGCAUUCCCAAUCUUAACAACUUGUUGCUUGAAGAAAUCACUCCUCUUCACCUGUUUCUUUGCCAGGUAUUAUAUCUGUAUCCACUGAUUGUCCUGUUAAUGGAGAAUAUUUUUCAUUAAUAAGCAUUUUGCAUAUUAAUGUUCCUUCACAGAUUUGCAAUGUGAUCAUAUUUUGUAAUUAUUCCUCUUAUCUUGCUCACCAGUAAUUGAUUUGAUACAAUGCAAAUUAAUUGGUAUGCUUGGUGUAACUGAAGCCCCUCAAGAGAAGAUGGGAAAUUGUAUGAGGGAGGAUAACACAGCAGCCUAAUUGUUGUGUUCAUUUUAAAACCAAAUAUGUAGUGGAACAAGUGCCUACUCUGUUCCUUUUGUGGUAAAUUAGCCAGUAACAUUGGGAAGAAUGCAGGGUGCUCAAAUUAAAUUAAAUCUGAGGGCAUAACAAUGGCUAGUAGUCUUUAAUGUAACAUGCUUUGAGUGGUUCCCUGAUAGUUUCACAAGUUACUUAAAUGAAUAGCUAGUGAUUCCCAUCUUCAAUUCUCCAGUCUCUGCAUUUGAAGCAUUGCAGAGUUCCUUGUAUAGUGAAAGGAGAGUUGCUGAUGCUUAUUAAUCCUAGUUGCUGUCCAUCCUGGAGGUGCAUUAAUGCAGAAAGGAUUAGAGUUCUAGAGCUGUACAGCAAAGAAACAGGCCUUUGGCUUGAUGCGUCCAUGCCAACUGUGAUGCCCAUCUACCUAGAUCCCAUUUUCCUGUAUCAUUCUACUUUCCUAUCCUAGUACCAGUCUAACUCCUUGUUAAACAUUGUAAUUGCAUCUGCCUCGAUUGUCCUUUGGUAGGUCAUUCCAGAUAUUUACCACACUCUAUAUGAAAAACUUACUCCUCAGAUCUCAUUUAAAUUUCUGCCCUCUCACUUUAAACUGUGCCCUCUAGUUCUAGACUGCCCUGGGAAAAAGACUCUAUCUGUCCUAUCUAUGCCUCUCAUAAUCUUAUCAAACCCUACAAGGUCACCCCUUAACCUCAUAUGCUCCAGUGAGAACAAACCAGCCUAUCUAAUCUCUCCUUGUAACCAAAGCCCCCCACCCACACCAUGCAUUUCAGGCAAAAUCCUGAUGAAUCUCUUAUGUACACUCUGUUGCUACCACACCCUUCCUGUAGCAUGGCAACCAGAACUGUACACAAUGUUCCAAGUGUGACUUAACCAAAGUUUUGUACAGCUACAACAUAAAAUCCCAAUUGUUACACUCAGUGCCUCGGUUUAUGAAGACUAGUAUGCCAAAUGCCUUAUUUGGAUUUGGGUUCUGUAGUGCAAUUGCCUGUUGACUCCCAGCAGUUUAUGAGAAGGGAAACUCAAAUAAGAAGUCUGAUUCCUCAUACUUUUGCUCACUCUGAACUGUAAAACAUUUUGAUUGAAAUGGAAUAUUUUGUUAAUACUCCUAAUCUAAGAAUUGCACUUUCGUUUGAUCCUUCAUAAUCUCUAAAUUAAUAACUAUAAUAACAUGAGGCAAGUAGAUGUUUUGAUCUUUAUUAACAAUUGGCUAGUAGACUUUGCAGUUUCUAUUGUUUGUGAGGCAACGGGCAAUAUUAUUUAGUGAAGAAGAGAAACAAAGGACUGCAGAUGCUGGAAUCUAGAUGAAAAACACCAUGAUGCUGGAGGAACUCAGCAGGCCAGGCAGCAUCUGUGGAGAAAAGUAGGUGGUCAAUGUUUUGGGUCAAGACCCUUCUUCGGGACAUUACUUAGUGAAGGUGAAAGAAAUGCAAUUAUGUAAGAUGUUAAAGGAAUAAUUAUCAAAAAUGUGAGCCAUUAUCAUUUCAUAACAUUAUUUAUUCUUGGGAUAUAAAUUGCCCUUCCAUCCUCCUCUUGGGAAACUGAGAGUAAACCACCUUAAACCACUGCAAUGUGGUGUUUGUUGAGGAGGAUUAAUUAGGUGUCAGAAUGUCUUGAACAGCUUUGGGUCAUUAUAUAUCUGCUUUAGAAUGCAGUGCAGCAAGUUUGUAAAGUAGCUGGAAAUGAGUUGUGAGAUGUGAUGCAAGCUAUCUGAAAGGUUGGUCGUAUAAUGAAAGCAGGCAGGAUACUACAGAGGAGCAGUCAGUAACACUUGGCUUUGAACAACUUAUUUAGAUAGCUGCCAAAUAACAGGUGUACUAAUGCUCCAGCAUUUUUACAAAGCUUUAAGGGACCUCUCGCAGCAUGAUUGACACGUUUUGCCUGUUCUGUACAAAAGCACCUCCAUUGGUGCUGGCUUAAUAUGAAAAGCUUAAGUAAUUCUGAGUUGCUUUACACCAUUAUCUGUGCAAUACUUCUGUUUUUUUUCUGAUGAUACCAAAGUUUAAAAAAAAUAACCUACUGUACUUUGUUUUCAGAUUAAUAAAUAGAAUUUUGAUUUCAAGGAUAAACAUUUAUCAAAGAAAAUGACUCUGACAGUUGUGUUGGACACAAAACUUCCAUUGUUUUAGUACAAGGACUAUGUGUAUAAAAGGAUAUUUUCACAAAAAUAUUUGCCUUUUUGUUAACUAAAAUUUAAAAAAAACUAAUCUGUGUAACUUUCUAAAAAGCAUAGUAUUUAGCAAAAGUUUUGCUGCAUUAAAGUUUUGU